CAGAGUGGACAACAGCACGUAGUAGAGAGCAGAAGCACAUUUGAGGUGAUUUCAGAGCGUCUGAGGAGGCUCAGUGUUGUGCGCAGCUGGAAGGAGUCUCAGCUAAUACAGAAGCAUGGAACUUCAGAGCAAGAAGCCUGAUGCAGGCACGUCAGUGAACUACAGCCCAGGAGUGGAAGAAAGGCCGCUGGAAAGGCCACGGGAGGAAGAAGGUGUGGAUAAUCAAAGAAGAAUCUACCCAGUCCAGCAAGGAAUAAAGAUUCAGUUUCAUUCAGCUGUUUCUGACUCUACGAAUGUGGCUGAAGAGGGAAUCCGCCACUGGACAGAUGAUGAAGUAAGAGCGCUGCUGUGCGUCUGGGCCGACCGCAACGUUCGGGAACGUUUGAAAAGCACGCUGCGCAACAAAUCCAUAUUCCAAGAGAUGGCUCAGCAGAUGCAAAGAAAAUAUGGGGUGAUACGCGACUGGAGACAAUGCCGUACAAAAUACAAGAAUUUGAAAUAUGACUAUAAGAUUGCUAAAAGUGCACACGCUGCAGGAGGCAGCAGUGCAGGAAGCCUGGGGAAGUACAUGAAGUUUUUUGAUGAAGUGGAAGCUGUUUUACUGGACAAAGGACUGGAAAAUGGGAGCAUGGAGAUGCAGAAGAGACUAGAAGCAGGGAGGCUACAAACACCAGCAGGCCACACGGGGCAGAUAACAGGCUCUGAGAGUGAGGUGGUCAUCGACAUGGAUGAUGAUGACAACAGUGACGAUUGCAACAUGGACGGAGAAAUGGAAAUAAAGAGAGAGAGAAGUUCAGGUUUGCCAACAAAGAAAAGAAAAUCUGCCACCUGUGGAGUUUAUGCCCAUCGAGCACACACAGACUCCAGCUCUGACCAAGUGGUCACAGUGUCGGACGCUGGUCGAAACUGGAGCGACCAAGAGGUGCGAGCCCUGAUCCAAGUCUGGUCCGAUGAGCGUAUACGCAGGAAGCUGGAGAGCUCAACCAGAAAGAGGGACAUCUUUGUCCAGAUCUCGAGCAGGUUACUGCAGCAAGGCAUCGACCGUGACUGGAAACAGUGCCACACUAAGUACAGGAACCUCAAGUAUCUCUACAGGUGCCUUCAAAGGGGCAAGACUGACGAAGCUGACCCGAGAUGCCUCAUGAAGUUCUACGAAGAAGUGGACUCCAUUAUGAAUCAGAGGACUAUCGACUCUCUGCAGGAACCAGGAGCAGAUUCAGACAGACUUACAAUAUCUGACAACUGUGAUGAGAAGAACAAGGUGGACGGCAAUUUGACAAAUUCUGACUUAUCAGUAACCAUCGAGGCAUCAAACACUUACGAGUCAGAGCGGCAUAAAAUCAAGGAGCAUCGUUUGGAUCAAGAACACAUGUUGAUGAGUGCUUCUGAGAGUGAGCUCGAUAAAGAGAAUACUACUGCAUCAAACAGAAGACUGAAGAGGAAAGCUGUGGAUGAAGACCCUGGACUGCACACAUCAGUGAAAAAGCUGAACCCUCUUGGCCCUGUUGUUGCUGACAGACUGCACACCCAGUGUAAAGAAGAGCAGGACCACAUCCCCAUAAUAAAGAUCAACUCAGUCUGUUCCAUGGCCUCCCCUGCUCCAUCGCCACAGGGCUGCUCAGGAUCCACGAGCACCAUGGCCUCCACCCCAGUGUUUAAAAUCGGCCAGAAGCUCAAUGAGGGAAAUUAUUAUAAAUGA